AUGGCCAACAUGUCCCCUCUUAGAGGUUAUAUCACAUCUUAUCCACCGCGAGUGCGGCAAUAUGCGAACGCGCUCUUCACGCCCAUCAUUCCUCAGACCCAAGUUGGCCCGACGCCGCGGACCACAAAACGAGGAACUGCAGCCAUCAAUUACGCAGAGGAUGGCUUCGACGAUGACGACUUUGAUGAUAGUGAGGGUCCUCGGAGGCCUACGGGGCUGAGGAGUCUUCGACGAGAGGAAUCCUCCUUCGACAAGGUAGCGCUAGCAGAAAAAUUAGGCAAGGAAAUCCACGCCCCGGUGGAGGUUCAAGGGGUAUUCCGAGAUUGGAUGAUCAAGAGAAUGCUACGGCCAGCGUGUGCCGACCAAUUGCAAAUACAAGCGCAACUCCCUCUGACACUUAUACCCAUUCGAAUCGACCUCGAGGUCCCAGCGCAUCAGCCGUCAGAGCCUUUUGCGAUCCCUCGGAAUGUGCUUGACCCGGCGAUCAACCCUACAUUGCCUGCCUAUAGGAAACCAGACCCACUGCCUGCUUUUCGGAUCAAGGAUACUUUUAUGUGGAAUCUUCAUGAGGCCCUCGCAACUCCUGAGGAGUUUGCUCUCGGGUUCGUUCGCGACAUGGACCUUCCCAACCAGCAGGCGAUGACCGUUGCCAUUGCUACACAGAUCCGCCAACAAUUAGAGGAAUAUGCUGGUGUCGCGCUGCAUCCACUGUUUCAGAGCGCAGCUCCGAAGCCUGCAGCCCCGCAAGCAGGGCUAUCGCGAGACGUGUCUUCCACCCCCGCGCCCGUGCAUGCCACAACUCCAGACAGCAGGGGCAACACUGUGACCGCGACAAAGGAACCUCUAGUAAACGACAGCAUUUUGAACCCAGACGACGCGUAUAGAUGCAUGAUCCAUUUAAAUAUCAACCUGCAGAACAAACUGUAUACAGACAAGUUUGAGUGGUCGCUUCUACAUCCUCCAGGAAUGGCGGAGGAAUUUGCACAGAUUACGUGUGCGGACCUUGGCUUAGGAGGUGAAUGGGUUGGAGCUAUUGCACACGGAAUAUACGAAGCAGUAUUAAAGUUGAAGAAGGAGGUCUGCGAAAGUGGUGGGCUCAUUAGUGGUCUGGGCAGCUACGGGAAUGAGAUUGAUAACCAAGCAGCUAACGGCGCUGAGGCGGGCUGGCGGUAUGAUCCUGAGGGUCUAGGCGAUGAGUGGGAGCCCAAGGUGGAAACAUUGUCGAAGGAGGAGAUUGAGAAGCGCGAGGGAGACCGCGAGCGACAGAUUCGACGGUUACGUCGAGAAACGGCCCGGUUCUCUUCAACCGCUGGUAUCACACCAGAGGUUUCGCGGCAAGGGAGCGGUUUCUUUGACGUUGAUAGUGAGACACCGCUGGGAAGAGGCGAGCGAAAUAAGCGGAAGAGGCGCUUCCGGAGUCUCAGCCCGCUGGGCAGGGGAGGGACACCAGGUGGACGAGGCACGCCGGACACUGGGUCCGGUGCUGGGUAUGGUGGAGGCGGUGGCACAUUAUCCGACUGGUUCGUGUCUUUUCUCUUCUUGUUUAUUCCUACACUGACGAAAUCAGGGAACGGCAAAACUGGCGAUGCAGUAACUGCAUGGUUUGGGGCUCCGCGGUGUGGGCUGUACGAGACGGGCCAGCUGGUCCUAGGACACUUUGUCACAACUGUGGCCUUCUUUACGAGCGAGACAAGGUCGUUCCCGAAUGGUCUAGGGAUCUGCACCGUCACGACAUACCUGUUGGCCGGGGGUGAACAAACGGCAGUUAAACUAUUCGAUAGAAGCCACGACACCUACAUCUUUUAA